CUCCCUGUUCAUCUCCUCUCCUUCCCAGGUCAUUCAUUUCGCCCGUUCCCCAUUCUCCUCUUCCUCAGUUGCUUCUGGAGGCGACGGCGGCUUCCGGAGGGCGAUUAGUGCAAGGAGACGAGUUGAUCUGAGGAUGUUGUGCCAAGUUUGCUUCUCUCAUUGCGCGGCGUACAACGACACGACCUUCGGCAUGUUUUUUCGGGAUCCAAACAAAAAAAUUGUGCUGCUGCCCUGCUCUGUGACAGAACGUUUCCCACGGCACUUUGCUGGUGACUUUCUGAACUUCCGAGCUCAUGGCCGACGGUACGUUGUGUAUGUGUACACAGGGGCUGACAACAAGAAAAGAAUUGGUGGUGAUGACUUGUGGAAGUUCAUGAAGGACUUCAACUUGGGACUUGGACAGCUUGUUGUUCUUGUGAUGACUGGGCGCAUUGCAAAAGCAUAUGUGUGUUCCUUUAGUUCUGGCUUUGUUGAUGGAGGUGGAUCUGAAGUAGUACAACAGGAGGAAGAGCAAAUAUGCACGGAUGAAGAGGGACGGGUAGAUGAGGAUGAGAAUGAUGGAAAGGUCAUGGGAGAAGCAACCAUAUAUAGGCAUGAUAUACAACACGGGUGUGAUUUUGGAUUUGGAUGAGGAAGACCAGCUUGCCAGGAUCAUCGACAUUGAGCAGGGGAACAUUGGUUCACGGUUUGUUCAUCGUUUCACACGCACCAACACCAGGAAGAAGUCAAUGAAAAUCUCCAACAAAGUGCGUGUGCUCCUGAAUAUUGGAGCUGAAGGUUUUAUUGGUGUUCGUUUGGGAGAAGGCCCGGUCUCCAGGGUUGGAUUCAAAACAUCCAAGGAUGGACGCAUGGUUUUCAGUAAGGAGUGGGGAAUUUUCGUGUCAACUCACAACUUGGAGGCAGGGAGUGCUGCUGUUUUCACCUUUCGUAGGAGCAAUACGGCCACCUUUGACGUGGUUUGUGUUGUUGACAUUCUGAGCAUAUGAGCUUAGUUUCUACUUCCAUGCUAGCCAUCUACAUUUUUCUGGUCUUUGUGCCAUGCGUGAUUUCCAUGAAACUUGUUAAAGUUUGCUAUUUCUUAUGUUGAAUGCACUUUUAUGGCGGGGGAUUUGAACCUCGCUCCUCAAGGGAUUAUGCUACCCGCUGCUGGCCCAUGUGACUUUUAUUAUUUUGGAAUGUGUGGCCUUCGGUUGUUUAGUAUGCAAUAUUAGCAAUAUUGUCGGAGUUU